AGCACUUCAGUAAUCCGAUGAGUGCCGCCCAGUGACGAGUUCGUUUCUCCUCGUGACGACGUUUCUGUGUUGUUUAUCUGCGUUGAUUACAGUUCUGUGACAGUGCGUUUUGAAUUCAGAAGACGCCCGGAGAGAUAUCGAAGGCUGGAGUCAAAAGGUCCAGGAGGUGUGGGGCUCCGGCCCCGGAUGACCUCGUACAAAUAGCUAACUAACAUCCAGAGGCUCGAAAUCGUCGGAUAAGGGCCUUGUCGGGGUAUGGCCACGACCCCACUAUUCAUUUAGUAGGCUGCAACACAGAAAUCCUAGGAGGAAAAAGAGACGGAUCUGCGGUGGAAAGAGAUCAUCGCUCUGUAGGUGGUUCUGUUCAGCAGACAUCAGCACACGGUUGGCCAAACAUCUCCGGCACCUCACUAUCAUCCAUGAUGAUGGCACUCUGACGGAUCCAGAGAGCAUCAUGCCAGGAGGAUUCGAGAACUCAUCAAUGAAAACUAGCUUUUCGUUGUCGUCGCUGCAGCCCUCUAGCAUGACCCUAGAGAGUCCAGAGCAUGCGACGCUCAAAGACAGGCCAUAUUCCAGCCUCCGGAAGAAACCUAGGCGAGACCCUGAACUUGAUCUAUGGAGAAGAUCUUGGGGAAGCAGGGAUGAGAACAAGGAUGAUUUUUGGGGCGUCCUCAAGAAUGACUAUCAGUCACUCAUUAUGGAUAAUAAUCUUCUCGAUAGUUGUCAGGAGGCAAAGAAGGACUUGCAGUAUGAAGCUUCCCCGACUCAUGAAUGGAGUCCUGAAGAAUUCACAUCUCAGUUCGAAGAAAUCAACAGUUGGCUAGAUCGUAUUCUGGAGGCUGUUUGUACGAAGGCUGAGACUGUCGUAGACAGAAAAUUAAGACUGAGUCACUUGGAGGAAAUGAAACGGAAAACUUACAAAAGAAAGCUCUUUAACAACCAAGGAGGCCGGCUUGUAGCCAGGGACCCUAGUCUCAAAGACGUCGUCGCUUGGAGCAUGCAGAUUUUGAAUAGAAAAUGGGAAAGACUAGUAGCCGCUGUUACUCCGAGGAAACGGUCUUCAGCCGAAUGUAAAGACAUAUGUCCAGACGUUGAGCAAGAACUGCGAGUGCUGAGGAAAUGGAUUAAAGAGACUGAAAACAAACAGAAGCACCUGCAGCUCAGCCGCAGCCGGGUCUACACUGCUCAAGAGCUCAAAGAGAGAGCACAUGAACAAGAGGCCAUAAGAAGGGAAAUCUGGUCACACGGACGGAUCGUUCGAUCGGUUCUGCGGCUGUGCGAGCGGUUAUCUGUCGGCGAGUGCGAGGAGUCGAUCAGCUCUUGGGUCCGAGGACGGAGGGUCGAAGCCUCCGAGGCGGCCAAGUUCGCCGAAGGGAUCGAACGCCGUUGGCAGUUCCUGUACCUCAACUGUCUGGAACUACAGUUCGCCAUCGAACACAAGGCGACCCAACUCAAGCAGGGUUCCCCUCUGUCAGCGUCACCUGUGGACAGUGAUGAGGAACCGGUGAUCAAGUACCGAAGGCUGACUCAAACUCCACCGGCAUCAGAUCAGGAGAUUAGACAGUUCCAGGAUGUGGAUUGUCUGAUGGAAGCUGAGGAUUCUCCGGUCCUUGAGGUCGACGUCGACGACGAGGUGAUGGAUGUGGCCGAAGUGCAGCAGGUUCAACAGGAGCAAGAACGAGAGCAGGAGAACGUUCAGCCCAGUCCGAGGAUUUUCGAUAUAUCGAUCAACGCAGACGAUAACGACUCGCCUUCCAAAGAAGGCGUCAUACGACAACGAAUCGAACUCAGCGAAGACCAUGUCAGACUCUACGAACUCGACUCGAAAUACACCAGCAGACAACUCAAGCAUAAAAUGCCAAAAAACAGGUCUGCGUAUGAGAAUCGUGUCGGUACAUUCUGUUUCAAGCACCAGGACACUGACACCGAUGGCGACCUUCAGGCUGAAGAGGAAGAACGGCAGGAUGAAACGCCUGAGGUGGCGAAAACUGAAGAAAGUUCAGAAGAAGAGUGGACUUACACAGGGCAGGUUGUAGAAAGCCAGCCAAAAGUCGAGGUUUUGCUGGACAGGCCGAAACAGGAAAUUAUAAAGCAGCUGGUGGAUCAGGUGGAGGUUCUUGCUUCUCCGCUGAGGAAGAGAACAGACACAAAAUACAGACGUGUCAAAGAAUGGUUAUGCCAAUAUCCAGAACAGAGGGAAAUUGGUGAUAGCAGAGAUGCUAGCAGUGAAUAUACAACAGAGGAUGAUGAGCUUGACUCGCGGAUGUACAAAAAUACAGGUGACUCUAAUACAUCGGUUGACUUGGAGAGCACGAUCAUCAACCAAGAUUCGACAGAGUCACUUCAGGUCAUACAAGAACAACCAAGAGUCAAAUUACGCAACAACAAUAAAAGUGUUGGCCAGCGUCCAAAAAGUGUCUCCGAUGCAUCUGCCAUUUCACCGACUCACCUCAUCGACCAGCUGGGUCAUUCGAUUUCCGAAUCCGCGAUUCAUGAACUUUCUGGAACGAAUGGUGUCAAAAUGGACUCUUCCGUUCACACCGGAAGCACUUUGUCAUCCUCGACUGUCGAAGAUACUGCACAGACGCAAGAGGGUAGCGGUGGUGGUUACUGCUCCAAUUCGUUAAGAAGAAGAAAAACAAAACUCAGGAAAAAGAAUUUGGGGCGUAAAAGUGAAUCAGGCUCAGAUGGUCUACUAGCACAUUCAGAUGGCAGUCAUCCGACACCAAUCUCUCCUAUAAAAUUUCCCUUGGCUAAGUUAGCACUGAGGCGAUUAAGUGCAGAUAAGGCUUUUUCAGAUUCCCCUCAUAGAAGAUAUGUUGUCCCUGUUGACAGCCCGUCAAGCAACAGUUCAUCUGAAGUGGAAAGCGAUGGAAGUGAAAAGCAGCGCCGGAAGCUCACUAGGCCCGACUUCAGGAUAGGUCCUGCUUUCAAAGUCUCUACUUAUGCUGAGGUGAAGCCGGUCGUAUCCAACGACAGCUCCUACUCAGAGCAGGCCUGGGACAACUACCAGGAGAAAUAUAUGUCUGAACCGUAUUCAGAGGACCCUCCAGAUUCAGAGGCCGCUCGCAAGCUCCUCGACUUUGGAGACGAUUACAGGAACUACCUGGACAGUCAGUCCGAUUGUGCAUCCAGCCUAGGGCGCAACACUUUCCAUAGACGACCAAGGAAUAAACCAUAUCAGUGUGUUCAUUCAUGCUCAUGUUUUAUCUUCAAGGAUGGAGAGCCUACAAGUGAUUUAGACGAUGUCCGGAAGUUAAUUAAAACAUCGAAUGAACGAUACCUCUUUUCGGAACAAUUUUUCUCUACGCACCUCUCCAGGAUGUCACCGAUUCGCUUAAUAGCCACAGACUUUGCCAAUCACAUUGCUACGUGUAAAGAAAAUGUAGAAGCACUGGCUUUACUGUUGGAAAAACUUGAGGAAGAACCUUCCCUGCCGUCAACUCAGGAGUGCAAGGAAAUCAGAAGUCUGAUCGAAAAAUGGGGUGGCUUGGAGAAGAAGUCGGAGGAGCUGCGGAAGAUGUGGUCCCUGCGGCGGGAGAUGUCGUCGAUGGAGGACGAGAUGCUGGCCAUCGGCGAUGCCGUCGCCAGGCUGGCGGUCAAGGUAGAGAGCCGUGAUCAGCUCGAGCAUCGUAUUCAGCAAGUACAGAUUGAAGUCGGUAAGCUGAACACGGUGAAACAACAGCUCUUCCGUGUUAACGUCGACGUUCACCAGUUUGUGACUAAGGCCUGUCUGCAGGAAUCGACGCUGAAGGACGACAUCGCGAGGCUGUACAGGACGUUCGAGGAUGUACGAGAAAGGGUGUCCUCGGAAGAAGAGAGCCUAAAAGAACUGACCAAGACUUGGCAGCAGUUCGAGUCGUACCUUUCAAACCUGCAGGUAGAGCUGCGCAACGACUCCGAGACGUUACGACUGUUGGACCAGGCGCUGAUGCAGGAAGAGGAAGGUGGAGGAAGUGUACCCCCACACCUGGCCACAUCCGUACGCGACCUCGCCAAAAUCCUGACGGAGAAGCCGCAGGACCCGCUGAUCACCGACCCCCAGACCGUAUACGAUAUGACCCCAUGUGGUGGCAACUACUCGGAUUCCGGCAUCUCGGAUUCCGGCUCCGAAGGGGAUUUGAGCGAAAGAGAAAAGAAAUUGGCGGCGUUGAGACGUCUCGUGCGCCACUUGGAAGCCGUUUUAGCACCAGGGUCUGCCGCCAUAGUCAACAUGGCUAAGAGACUUGAACAGACUGAAAAAGAUCUAAGAGGACUUCAGGUGACCUGCCGAGAUCUCAUCGUAAGGACCAAUGUGUGCGCCGAAGCGAAAACUUUCAAAUCCGACUAUAACGGAAAUUGUGCCAAUGGAAAGCUUCCAAGGGUGGACGAUGAGAGCGGUACGAGGGGCAGCCGUGGUUGGUGGUUCUGGCGAGCGCUCAGGGCCGGUCUCCCGUUCCAGAUCGCCGUGAUGGCCAUUUUCUGUAUAGCGUGUCUGCUGGAGCCGCAGUGCUGCGAUGCCAUGAACAACCUCAGCCUUUCGAUCUCCCCUCAGCUACGCUACGUUCGCGGCCCGCCGCCCGUUUAAUUAAUGGGCGAUCUCAAGACUCAAUUUUUUCGAACUGAAAAAAAAGUAUUUUUAUUUAUUUUCUUUUUUUCGUUUUUAAAAGCGAAACGGGAUUUUAGAAAUACCGAUCGGCCUUCAAUGCCGCCUAAUCGAGUAAAACCCCGGCCGUACAUUUGUUUCGCAUUUUUAUUCCUAACUUUUAAAU